GCUACUUUGGCUAGGGUUUUCUGCAACUACACACAGACUCACCAUGGACGACGCCUUCGAAAUGGAAGAUGUCUCCACAUUCUUUUCAGAAGAUGAGGACUUGUGUUCUUCAAUCCUCUCUCGUUUAUCAACCUCCACUCAAGACGACCACCAGCACCUCUGCACCACAAUUGGCGCCAUAUCCCAAGAACUUAAGGACCAUAACCUCCCUCUAACUCCAGUCGCCUACUUUGGUGCCAUCUGCUCCUCCCUCGACCUUAUCCUCUCCUCUUCCGACCAAGACUCGUCCGCCCACCGCAUCGCUUCUCUCACCACCCUUCUCUCUAUCGUUCUUCCUAAACUCCCGUCGCCAAUUCUCAAAAAGAAGGGAGAUUACUUAAAGGACCUCGUCGUCCGCGUUAUUCGAUUGAACUCUGUUACGGUUGUUGCCACUGCUUCUGGAUUGAAAAUUUUAUCGCGUUUGCUAAUCAGUAGAGGGAGGGUCAAUUGGUCUGAUGUGUCGCAGAUGUACGGCGUCAUUGUGGGGUUCAUGACUGAUCCACGUCUCAAGGUGAGAAGGCAGUCACAUUUGUGUGUCCGGGAAAUCCUACUAAGUUUUCAAGGAACUCCGCUAUUGUCACCGGCAAGUGAAGCGAUAACAAACAUCUUUGAGAAGUUUCUUCUGCUGGCUGGUGGAUCAAAUUCAAACUCUAAUGAUAAGCCGAAAGGAGCUCAGGAGGUUCUUUUUAUGCUGGAUGCUUUCAAAGAGUGUCUUCCUCUAAUGUCAAUGAAAUAUACGACUACAAUCCUCAAGUACUUUAAAACCCUCCUUGAACUUCGCCAGCCGCUGGUUACCAGGCGUAUAACCGAUAGUCUUAAUGUAAUUUGUAUCCACCCUACACUGGAAAUAUCGAAUGAAGCUCUUCUUGAGCUGUUAUGUUCAUUGGCUCUUUCUGUUUCCACAAAUGAGAUUAAUGCGGACGGAAUGACAUUCACUGCUCGUUUACUGAAUGUAGGAAUGAUAAAGAUCUAUUCACUUAAUAGGCAAAUAUGCGUGACUAAACUUCCCAUUGUAUUCAAUGCCCUCAAAGAUAUUUUGGCGUCUGAACACGAGGAGGCGAUAUUUGCAGCCACCGAGGCAUUAAAGAGUUUGAUAAAUGCUUGUAUUGAUGAAAGCUUGAUCAAACAGGGAUUAGAUCAGAUAAAAAAGGAAAACUUAGAUACAAGAAAAUCUGGGCCAGCUAUAAUUGAGAAACUGUGUUCAACUAUUGAGAGCUUACUUGAUUAUCCCUAUAGUGCAGUAUGGGACAUGUCGUUUCAAGUAGUUUCAACGAUGUUUGAUAAAUUAGGAAACGAUUCUUCUUAUUUAAUGAGGGGAACCCUUAAGAACUUGUCUGACAUGCAGAAUCUGCCAGAUGAAGAUUUCCCUUACAGAAAAAAGCUGCAUGAAUGUGUUGGAUCAGCUGUUGGCGCAAUCGGACCUGAAACAUUUUUAAGCCUUCUUCCUCUCAAGUUAGAGGCUAAGGACCUUUCAGAGGUAAAUGUUUGGCUGUUUCCUAUACUGAAGCAGUAUACAAUUGGUGCUCGUUUAAAAUACUUCAAAGAGAACAUGUUGGGUAUGGCUGGAUUGAUGAGGCAGAAAUCUCAAAAGCUUGAACAAGAAGGGCGGGUUCUUGCAGCAAGGAGUGCUGAUGCUCUUGUCUAUUCCCUGUGGUCCUUGUUGCCUUCAUUUUGCAACUAUCCUCAGGAUACUGCUGAAAAUUUCAAGGAAUUGCUGGGAGUGUUAUGCACCACCCUUCGUGAAGAACAUGAUAUUCGUGGAAUUAUAUGCUCCAGUUUGCAAUAUCUAGUUCAACAAAAUAAGAACGUUCUGGAAGGAAAAAAUGAUUUUAUUGGUGUUGAAAUAAGUAAUGCCAGACGGCUAGCAAUGGCCCGUUAUACACCCCAGGUUGCAGCUGAUAACUUGAGUGUGCUGAAGUUGUGUGCUCGUGAAUUAUUGUCUAUUCUGUCACGUAUCUUUUUGGAAACUGAAAAAGAUGAGGGAGGUUGUUUGCAGUCCACAAUUGGUGAAUUCGCUUCCAUAGCAGAUAAAGAAGUAGUUCCAAGGUUAUUCAAAAGGACAAUGCAGGGUCUUUUGGAGGCCACCCAGGAGGCUGGGAAAGCAAAAAGUACUAGAAAUUCUUAUUCUAUGCAGAUUGAUGAUUCAUCAAAUGAAAGCUCAUGUGUUUUCAUAAAUCUUGAUCUUAACUGCAGGGCCCGACUAUUUGACCUGGCAGUUUCACUUUUGCCGGGUUUGAACGCCAAAGAGAUUGAUGUUUUAUUUGUUGCGGUAAAAGCUGCAUUAGAGGAUGAUGAAGGUUUAAUCCAAAAGAAGGCAUACAAAGUGCUUUCGGUUAUUCUUAGGAAAUGUGAUGGGUUUCUUUCAUCAAAGCUUGAGGAAUUGCUUGGAUGUAUGAUUGAAGUGUUGCCUUCAUGCCAUUUUUCUGCCAGGCGCCACAGACUUGACUGUUUGUACUUUAUCAUAGUUCAUGUAUCCAAGGACAAUUUUGAGCAGAGAAGACGUGACAUUCUUAGCUCUUUUCUGACUGAAAUAAUACUUGCACUAAAGGAGGUUAAUAAGAAAACAAGAAAUAGAGCUUAUGAUGUCCUUGUCCAAAUUGGCCAUGCUUUUGGGGAUGUAGAGAAUGGUGGAGGGAAGGAAUACUUACAUCAGUUUUUUAACUUGGUAGCUGGGGGACUGGCUGGAGAAACUCCUCACAUGAUCAGUGCUGCUGUGAAAGGCUUAGCUCGCUUAUCUUACGAGUUUUCUGAUCUUGUUUCUAAUGCAUAUAAGUUACUUCCUAGCACAUUUCUUCUCUUCCAAAGGAAGAACAGAGAAAUCAUUAAAGCCAAUUUAGGUUUUUUGAAAGUAUUGGUGGCUAAAUCACCUGCUGAAGGGUUGCAAAUGCACUUGAGAAGCAUGGUGGAAGGCUUGCUCAAGUGGCAAGAUGACACCAAAAAUCACUUUAAAGCCAAGGUUAAGCUUCUUUUGGAAAUGCUUGUCAAGAAAUGUGGCAUUGAUGCUGUUAAGGCUGUAAUGCCAGAAGAACACAUGAGACUCCUUACUAAUAUAAGAAAGAUCAAGGAGCGGACAGAGAGAAAAUUUGCAGUUAACCCUGAGGAAACCAGAUCUCAUUUUUCUAAAGCAACUACUUCAAGGCUUAGCCGAUGGAAUCAUACAAAAAUAUUUUCCGAUUUUGGUGACGAAGACUCCGAGAACAGUGAUGCAGAAUACAUGGAUACAAAGACAGUUUCUGGUCGACGGAGCAAGGCUUCCUCACAGCUAAAGUCCAAAGCAUCAUCAUUAAGGGUCCAGAAAAAGCGUAAAGCAGAUAAGAGCUUGCCAGAAGAUUUGUUUGACCAGUUAGAAGAUGAGCCACUUGACUUACUUGAUCGGCAGAAAACAAGGUCAGCUCUUAGAUCAUCUGAGCAUUCCAAGAGAAAGUCAGAAUCAGAUGAUGAUCUGGAGAUAGACUCUGAGGGGCGCUUGGUGAUUCAUGAGGGAGAUAAACCAAAGAAGGUAUUGCAUUCAGUCCCUGAUUCAGAUGCAAGGAGUGAAGUAGGCAGUAUUAUGUCCAUGAACUCCACAAGGAAAAACCAGAAACAUAGGAAAACGUCUGAGUCUGGAUGGGCAUACACUGGGAGUGAGUAUGCUAGCAAGAAGGCAACUGGGGAUGUGAAGAGGAAGGGCAAGCUUGAACCGUAUGCUUAUUGGCCUCUUGAUCGCAAGAUGAUGAGCCGUAGACCAGAGCAUCGGGCAGCUGCUCGGAAAGGUAUGGCUAGUGUGGUAAAUAUGGCCAAAAAACUUGAAGGGAAGAGUGCGUCGACUGCUCUUUCAUUGAAACCCAUAAAUUUUAAGAGUCAAAAGAAAGGCAGCAAGAAAACAAGGAAGUAAAAGACCAUAUACACUGUGAUGAAAUUGGUUGGGAGAUAUGCAUUCCGGGUCGUGAAGAUUUUUGUUAAUAAAUUAUACUAAGUUAUAGGCAUUGGGUUUUUGGAAAUUCAUGUAUCGGAUAGUACAAUGCUGUGUAUAUAAUUACAUAGUGAGGGGAAGCUGGUCUUAGGAAUUUUUCUUUUUUUCUUUUUUUUUUUAUUGUCUGCAAUUGAUCUCAUUUUAAUUUGUUAUCUUUGGGAAUGGUAUGAUCUGGCUUAUGUAAUAUGAGUACCAAUUGAACGUCUAACACCUUUUACAAGAAUGUGUUAAAGAUGGUGGUGUUUUGGUGGGAA